AUGAGCAGUGAGAUGCGCGACUUUAUGGCAGCCAGCAGCGGUUAUGACGGCGGUCCACAGGAUCGACACUCGUGCAUCGUACUCGUCGAUAUGACGAAAAACGUCCUCCUGGGCCAGUUCUCCGACUACCGUGUACCCACGGGUGGCAUGCAGGUAUUGUCAGACAGACUGCGCGAUGAGUUCAUCAAGCUAGGCGGGGAGGUUUACACUAACACACCUGUCACAGGUAUGGCAAACUGCAGCAGCGGUUCAGCAGCGGAACACCACCAGGCACUUCUCACAGCAGCGGGCAAGCCAUUCUGCUCAAAGAGCGUGAUCCUUGCACUGCACGAGGGGGCACUGGAGAAACUAUGGUGGAGAACUCUGUCCAUGGAAACCGCAUGGAAAGCGGCAAUACCUGGAGAAGCAUCCAAGCUGUUUCUGGGCUUUGACAAACCCUGGUGGCGAGAAGCACCAUUUGGGUUCUAUGAAGGUGCAGAGGUGAGUUCUUUAGACAUUGAGCACACCUACUUCAUAGGAACACAGGCUGAUCAUGUUAGUGCCAACACAUCGACCGGACAAUCCAAUCGUAACUCCCUUGUGCUGGCUUCAUACGCUGUGGCCUUUCCAGCUUACCGCUGGGCCAAUAUGGAGGCAACCAAGGCAAAUAUUUCCGCCUUCCAGGGCCGAGCCAAUGCGUUUGUUGGAAGUGAGACACCACUGGUUCCGAACGCCACCGGCUUCACCGUUAGCCAGCAUAUGGUCGAUCUGGCAAUGCAUCAGCUGCAUCAGCUGCAUAACGUCAACGCAGGUACAAUACCACCACCGUACACUGCGGCCGCUAUCCACUGGCCAGUCUCCUGGCACAACUGGGGCAUCGGUGCCAACCCUAGCGAGGUCAUACGCAAGGUGGGACAGCUGGACGCAUACCAGAAUGUCUUCAUCUGCGGCGAAGCGUACAGUAAGUCGCAGGGCUGGGCAGAGGGUGCGCUACGCUCAGCUGAGUAUAUACUGGAGGAGUAUUUCAACUUGAAGCCAUUGGCAGGAAUGCCAACGAAGUGGUUAAGCCGGUACAGGUGA